UAUCCGCCUCGUCGCGGGCUAACCCUCUCUUCUCCCCCGAUCCCCACGCGAUCUCGCCCGCCGCCGCAGCCGCCGCCACCGCCAUGGCUUUCUCCGCGCGGAGGAGCCUCGCCACCACCCUCUCCAGCCACCUCACCCGCCGCCUCCACCCCUCCCUCUCCCACCUCGUCCCCUCCUCCCACCGCGACAACAACCGCGAGGACCCCUCCUCCUCCUCCUCCGGCCCCCCGUUCCCCACCCAGCAAGCCCCGCACUUCCCCUCCGCCGACCUCCGUCGGCGCUCGAGAUCCCAGGGCCUGGCCCUCCCGCUCCCCUUCGGCGCCCACCUCGCGGCCCACCGCAGCUUCUCCACCUCCUCCCCCGGACCGCAGAUCGAUGGGAUCCUCACCGACCCCGCGGCCGGCCAGAUGGAUGUCGCGGCGGGCGUCCUCUCCGACGCCGCGGCCUCGGUCGCGCCCGCCUUCCCGUUGCCCUUCCCGGGGGAAGUGGCCGCCGCCGCCGCAGACUCGUUUCCCCCCGUCGCGGCACUGCAGUACGCCAUCGACGCCGUCCAUUCGUUCACCGGGCUCAACUGGUGGGCUUCUAUUGCAGUGACGACCAUCUUGAUCCGAACGGUGACCAUCCCGCUGCUUGUGAACCAGCUGAAGUCCACGAUGAAGUUGAAUGCAAUGAGGCCAGAAAUUGAGGCGAUCAACAUGGAAAUGCGUAAUUCAAUGGAUCCACAAUCGAUGCUAGAGGGGAAAAAGAAAUUGGGUGAGCUAUUCACAAAGCAUGGUGUUAAUCCAUUGACUCCGUUAAAGGGUUUACUCAUCCAAGGGCCUAUAUUCAUGAGCUUUUUCUUCGCUAUACAAAACAUGGUGGAGAAAGUCCCUUCUUUGAAAGGGGGUGGAGCAUAUUGGUUUACUGAUUUGACAACUCCCGAUGAGCUUUACAUCCUCCCAGUGUUGACAUCAGUGACGUUCUUGGCUACGGUGGAGCUCAAUAUGCAAGAAGGUAUGGAGGGAAAUCCUAUGCUGCAAACGAUGAAGAAUUUCUCUAGAAUAUUGGCUCUUAUGACUAUACCAUUUACAAUGCACUUUCCCAAGGCAAUUUUCUGUUACUGGGUAACGGCAAACUUGUUCUCUCUUGGGUAUGGUUUUGCUCUCCGGAAGACAGCCGUAAGGUAUUUCUUGAAUCUUCCGGAGGUUGUACCACAGCCCGAAGCUGCGCAAGUGUCGACCUUCAACCUUUUCGAGGCACCAAAGCCAGUGUCAGCAGUUGAUACACCCACUGGAAACAACGGUGAUUCACCCACUGGAGACAACUGUGAUUCACCCACCGCAGCCAAUGGGUCAGAGCAGUCUAAUGCUGAGCUAAGCGAUCGGGUUGUGUUUCUUGAGAAGAAGAUUGCAGAACUUGAGAGGCGGGCUAAAGCUAGAGGCGAAUCUCAAGAGUAAUAAACUAACAGGUAAGUUUUGAUCGAGCACGUGAAUCCUAAAGAAGCACUGUUUGUAACCUGUGUCUGGUGGUGAAGGGGUAUCUGGCACCGACUUACCAAUAUAGUACCAAGAUUUGACUUGGACUAUCCAAUUUUGUGAGCAUGUGUAUGCGCGUGUGGCAACUGUUGUUUCGAGCAAAUAAACCGGAGGGAUCCUGGCAGAUAAAACCGCCAGUGUUUGUUGGAUUAACCGCAGUGAUGCUGGCCGAGCAGAGACCAGAGGGUACUUUUAUUCUUGUAUCACUUGCUUGACAUUUGAGAAUGGAACGAUGUAAUAGUAUUAGCUUUUAGUUUGCGAUCAAGAUAAAACGAGGCUGUCGAAAACAUAUGUCUGGACCGUUGAUUCCUGUUACAUUGUUUGAUGAUAAAGUGACUAAGUAAUACCCUGUUAUUCUGAGACAGACUUAAA